AAAAAAAAAUCAAGUAGGAAAAAGAACGAAAACUCCCCUGAGGUAACAAAGAAACAACCAAGAGGGAAAAAGAAGGAACAUUUGUCUGUGACCACAAAGGGUAAAAGCAAAGAAGAAAAACAGGCAGCCAAUGAAGAAAAAGAGGAAAAAAAGAGAGAAAAGUUACAAAAGAAGAAGGCUCUAGAUGAACGGGAUUUCAAUGUCCUUUGUCAGUUGUCAAAACUAAACAAGGCUGUUGUUGUUGUUGAUGAGCAAGGCCGAGAAAGUGAAGAGAAAGACAAGGAGCUGAGGAGGAAGAAUAUGGAACUCAGCAGAAGGGAAGAAGUCCACAGAAACAAAAAAGGAUCCAAUAAGGAGAAUGGCCAAAAUAGUUCUCCAUGCAAAAGAACAGAAGAUGAUGAUUUAGUAUUUGACUACUUGAAAAGCCUUCUGUCAGACCCCUCAAACAGGAAUGAUGAUGCAGAUGAGGAGGAUGAUAGUACAUGUAAGUAGGCUUUCGGUACUUUAAUUAUAUUAAUAAUUAGUAUGCAGUCUGCAUGCAGACCUAUCUGAUAAAAAAGGCAAAGUGUGCGACAAGCCAAGUGGCCCAUAAUGCUAGAGCUUAUCCCUGUUUCUGUAGCAUUAAGCGAGUAGGAGUAUUUCUAGUCCCCCCCCUCUCUGGAAUGGGAUGCUAGUCCAUUGCAGGGUUACCCCCAGCAUUAUUUCAUUGGUACUUACGUCUGAGGGUAAAGGGGCACUCUGAGAGUGAAGUUUUCUAAUGUCCAAGAACACAACCAUGGGAGGCAGAUUUGUCAAGAUGCACAUACGCUUUUCAAGUGACAACGAUAUAUGUCAGCUUCACCUUUCACAGUCUUGCAUUAUGAUUUUUCAAGUGGCAGUGAUAUAGUAUGCCAGCACUUCAUGUUAGCUAACAAUAGCCCACAUUUGACAUAAAAUUCUAACUUGACUCUCAGGCUUUCUGGUUAAAAAAUGCAAAUUUUCGAAUAUUGUUUUGUCUGAAUACCCAGACGAAACUUGAUACAAAGAAAACAACACAAAAUAUAGAAGUUUGACCAGAAAGCCUCUGUGCCAUGUUUGAAUUUUAAUAUAUUGAACAUGGACUACUAAGAACUUCACACAAAUAAAUAUCUAUUUUGCAUUUAUCAGUUCUAAAUGACAGUGGCUUAGACUUGGCCGAUGACAUUGAUGUUGCAGAAGCAACAACCUUGAUCUCAGUUCAACAAAGAAGUGGGACACCAAGCCACCCAGCUGUUGGCAUGAAGAGGCCAAGGUCACGCCCCACUAUACCCACAGCCAACAAAUACCCAAGAAGACAACCUGAGUUGGACUGUUCUCAAUGCCACCAUCUUCUUGCUGAGAACAGAGAGCUGAAAGAGGCAAAUGCCUUGCUCACGGAGCAGCUUACUCAGUACAGGAUGGAAUCCACCAACACCAUUCAACAAAGUGAAGCCCCCAGACCUGGCAAGGUUCCAAAGGCUAUUGCUGAAAAAUAUCAUGUAAGAGUUUUUCUUUUUAUACAUACAUGUGUAAUAUGACAGAAACUAUGAGUAGUACAAACUGGGGUAAAAUCAAGUUUGUUUGUAAUAAAGCUGGUGGCAAGUUUUAGAGGAAAUGACAUAAUAAAUUCCACAUACACGCAGGGUACAAAGAAGUUCAGGUCCGAUAGCCCAGGGCUAGUGAAUUUUGUGGUCUGGCUGGUGGAAUUUAACCUUCACUUGCCUGACGGGCAAGUAAAAGUUUUUUGGGCAUUUUUUUUGGGAAAUUAAUUAACAGGAGCACUGCAAACCAUCGAAAAUUUUCGGGCUAGUAGAAAUGACCUCCGGGCUAGUACAUCUUGGCUACAGCUUGCCUGAAGGGCAGGCUGGAAAAUAAAACUUCUAUGUACCCUGACAUGUGAUACAAAUGUUUAUCUAUCUAAUAAACAUGUUUAAAUACUUGCAGAUGAUAGAAUUGUCUCCAGGAAAAGGCGUUUAUAUUUAUGAAAGUCAUAUCACAAAGGCUUACUCCAAGCAAACAGCAACUGCCACAGCCCGCUUUUUGUUGAGUUGCUUUUAUAAUGAUGAGGAACUCAUUGGAAAAAGUUUGACAGGCAAGAAUGGGAAGCAGUGCCUGAAUGGAGACAUCCUGGAAAGCAUACCGAGUAAGGGUGUAAUUUUUUUUACCAACAAGCUUACAUUAAAGCUUCUUAUAAUUAUUGGUUAAAAUCCACUGUGACAACUAUUGACGUGAUGGACAACAUUUUCCAUGUUACACGAUUGCUAUAAGGCAUGGGUUGCACUUGAGCAAAUUUUUAUCUUUACCGUCAAAAACAAAAACACAGAAAAUUUAAAGCUGCAACCGGAAAGCAAAAACUCUCAUCAAACUAAGUGGGGUUGCACUGGGGUACUUAUACUUUACAUUCAGUUAAAUCAGCCGCAUUUUUUUUGUUUUCGUAUGAUAUGUUUGAAAGAUGGGCUAACAAAUGUCUAACUGUUUUGACUGCCACUAUGAUGAGAGCAAGGAAUAGGCCUUUUGCAACAGUUGGUCACGUGACCAAUAAUUUCUAAAGUUCUAUCUACAGCUAAAUGAAUUUCAGGAACAGAAAGGGCAUGUUUUAAAUAGCCAGAACACCAAUUUUCAGACCAAUUCCGUUUACGGUUGACAUUCAAUGAGGAUUUGAAUAUUGCAAAAAUUAGGUUUUGUAUGGAAGGAAGGAAGCUUUGCCCUCCAGAAACCUUUUCCGUUAUUACUCACUACAAAAAGAAGCUGAUGGCAUAAAACUAUAAGGCAUAGAAAGAGGGAUAAAAUAUUAGGAAGAAUGGAAGUUUCUAGGCUAUUAAACCGAAAGGCAAAGAUUUUAUGGCAGUUUGAAAACUUGCAAAAUUACAAGGAUUUGUAAGGAAAACCACUGGAGCGUGACUGGAGGGCAAAGCGUCUUCUUCCCAUACAAAUCCUUCUAAUUUCUAGCGUCCAUAAAAAAUCCCUCUUUUAGUGUAUAAACCUGAAAAUUUGCAUGUAAGCUUAUUUUUAACUGUUCUUUCCAUUUCUGAUAACAUUAUUUAUUGUUUUUUUAGAGGGCACGGUAACAAAUCCUGCAAUCUGAUUGGUUCUUUACCCGGUCAGUAUUUUCCUAUCUCUGCCCACGGGCCACGGUAACGCUUUCGUGAGUCGCCGAGUACAUCCCAACUUUCGUUGUCAUUUUUUCAUAGAUAUACCUCGUUUCCGGCUGAGCAGGAUUUUAAAGCAAACAAGUCGGUCAUUACCUCAAGCCGAUAAAUAACUUAUAAAUCCUCUCUUUUCUCUCUCUCAAAUCACUUUGGUUGACAGAAAAAUAUUGGUUUCAGAAUGAAUUUGUAUAAACAAUAGUGUCAUUACGUUGGUUCACAAGCGGCCUAAAAACCGUCUGCAAUUAAUUUUAAUCAUUCACAAAAAGUACCCAGAAAGUUAAAACGUGAGGUAUUUGGUUACAGUUAAACUGAACGAUGGAACUUUCAUUAAUUUAAUAUCUGAAUUUUCUCGAGAAAAUUGUUAGUAGUGAAAGAGCGAGCAAAGUUUUAAUUUAAGUUCUACAACAAAUAUAGGCUCCCGGUGAGUCUUUCCAAUUCCGUUCAAUUUGGACAUUUGUACCGUAAAUUACACAACAGAAACUGAAGGAAUUUUUUGAGAAAAGGCCGCAUUAAAUUCCCUUGUGUCUCGUUGGAGCGUGCCGUUCGAAUUUAGUUUUUGUGAAGGAAAGACCAGAUUUACCCACGCCAUUGCAGCAAACAAACGAGCAAACUCUCACAACUUCAAAAUAAAAAAAUUGAAUCUACUCACAAUUACUUUCCUCGCCGUUUACUUAAUGAACAGAGGUAAAUCUUCGUACAUGAAUGAAUCGUCGAUGAGAGUGAAUAAUACUUUCCGUUAGAUCGUUGACUGAUUUUGAAGAAAACAUUGUCGUGACAGUCCUUGCCAAACUAGUUCCGUUGUUUUUCAAAUGUUCUUAUGAUUUUUUUUUUUUUUUUUUUACACGCUCUCUAAUUGACAGGUGUCAGAUUCUGACAGAUACUUGUAAAAAUAAUGUUUCAUAGUUUGUUUGGAAGCCUUUUUAAAUCACCUUUAUCGUUACGGAAAUGAAAAUGUUUCGCUGAGGCAUCUCUCUUUAAUUUGCAUCACCUCUAUUUUAACUACCAUUUACUCGCUCAAAAAUUGUUCAGUUUAUGGAAGAUCUUUACGUAUUUACUGCCCUAAAUCAUUUGGGUUCUUUCGGAAAGAAUUUCGUCAAGUUUAAAAAAAAUAAAUAUGUUAUUUACCGGCUAAGGGUCGGUCCGUAUGGUGAAAAACUGUGACCUCGGUCUUGAAAAUGCUGCCCUCGGCCUACGGCCUCGGGCAGUAUUUUCAAGACCUCGGUCACAGUUUUUCACCAGACGGACCGACCAGCCGGCAAAUAACAUAUAUGUAUUACCAAUGACUAAAUGAGUGAGUUCUUGAAAAGCACGUCACGUGACCAAUUGUUGCAAAAGACCUAUUGACAUCUAAAAAGAACACUUCAAUGACGAUAUGCCCGGUCAGUUCAGGUUGCCCAGUAGAGUGCUGGUUUGAUCUUCAUUACUACGUUUAGCACGACACCAACACAGUUAAGUACAACAACUGCGUCUUACCGAUCCAUCACCAGAGAAAAUUGUUGUAAAAUUGACAUCCAUCCAUGGUAAAGUAAGAGCGUUAACUGAAGCAAUAUCACAAAUGUUCUGUCAAAUUUUCAUUCUCUGACAAGCAUUGACAAUUACCACUGCGACUCCUAUUCUUCAGCUCGAGUUUUCUAAAAUCUGCCCGCCCCACUAAAGCACUACGGCUUUGCUGUUUUUGCUGAUUUUCUAGGAUUUUCCAACCAUAAAAGUUGGGGUUGCACUAGGCAAUGUCCCAAGCUGAUGACAGAUUUUGGCUGCAAACUAAACAAAUUCUUGCAAAAAAUUGCCAAGUGCAACCCAAAACCUUCCACAGUGGCCACCAUCGACCAAGGUAGGUGGCCAUUGUGGGGAGAUAGGGGUGUGAUAUGACUUCUACUUUUUAUGGGGUAAAUAUAGACUGUGUAUCUGAACUCUGUGUCCAUGCAGUUACCAAAGACAAAUGAUGUACCCCAAAAUUGGAAACAAUACACAAAGAUCCCCUAACACAAAACAGUGAGUAAUCAUAUAAUUUUUGUUCAGAUCACCAGGUCAUUAUGUGAUUGAUAAGUCCUUCUCACGCCAAUUGAAACAGCUUUUACUCUUGAUCAACAUACAUGUAUGCUUGAAUAACAUUCUUCCUAUUGUAACAUACGAUUGGGAAGAACUGUAAUUUAUAACAAUAAUGCAACUGAGAUUAUGGUGAUUUAGGUUUAAAUGAUAAAAAAAGGUCUCAGACAGUGACAUUUUCUUCAUGUUGUAGGUUACACAAGGAAAAAGUUUGAUGGUGUUUGCAACAGCAUUAUUCGCAUUGCCAUGAGGAACAAGAUCACUUGUCUUGAAACAAAUGCCAAGAAGAAAAGGGCAGUGAGUUCAUCUUAA